AUGAAAUAUUUGGCAGCUUACGCUCUUGCUUGGCUAAGUGGAACCACACACCCAACAGUUGAAAAACUUCAAGCAAUCAUAGAAGCAGCUGGCGGAGAUUUCGACAAAAGUAGAGCUGAAAAAUUAAUCGAAGACCUUAAGGACAAAUCUCUAGAAGAAGUUGUGGCUCAAGGCACAUCUAAACUUGGCUCUGUUUCUCUAUCUGGUGCAGCAGCAACAACUGCAUCUACCACAGAAGCCGCUAAACCUAAAGAGGACACUAAGAAGGAAGAAGAAAAAGAAGAGAAAGAAGAGGAUAUUGAAGGAGCUAUGGAUCUGUUCGGAGGUGAUGAAUGGUAA